CCGUACGUUGUCUCCCGCAACGACUCGCACUCGUUUCGCGUGCGACACCUCGUCAUCAGUAAUGGAGAAGAUGUACACGCCUCUCAUCUUACGUCCUAUGCUGACAGUAACUUCGAGGUUACAGACAAGCUUCUGAAGUAUGUUGCUGCGCAGAGUAUUACCUUAAAAGUUGCUAGACUUACCGAU